GUGUGUGAGAGAGAGAGAGAGAGAGAGAGAGAGAAGCAGGUAGAGGGGUGAAAUUAAAACCCUUAGGGAAGCUACGCAAUGAAGCAAAACCAGGAGAAAGUGAGCAAGUGGCAGAAAAAAGAGGCUGCAAGACACUAGAGGAAGAAAAAGAGGACAAUUGUGGAAAAGAGUGUAUGGGAAAUAAAACGUGGCCAGAGAAAGUUCUAGACGUAAGGUGUGGCAGGGCUGCUGGUAAGCAUGUGGCUUUUAUGUGAAAUAUUUCUUCCCUAUGUUAAACAGAGCACACUCUGGGCCUUCCUUGCCAUUUAAAGCCUAUAGUCUUCCUCCCCCUGGGGAAGCCUUCUUCAAUCAAGACUUGAACCACAAGGAAAAGGAUUACAAGCGUGAUCGCUACACAGCCGUCAAGAUGAUGCAGCAAAUUCUUCAAGAUAUGUACAUCGAGCCAGAUCUGCUACAUGAGCUAAAUGAGGAACAGAAGCAGAUUCUCUUCUAUAAGAUCCGUGAGGAGCAGGUGCGCCGCUGGAACGAGAGAGAGAGCAGAGACCCCUGUCCAAAAGUCCGCAAGAGAAGUGACCGUAGAGGCAUUCAGUGGCUGCUGGGCUCUGAUGGUGAGGUGUGGGUCUGGGUCAUGGGGGAGGCCCAGGGAGACAAACCCUACACUGACAUAGUAGAAGAGCUGAUGGAGGAAAGGGCCAGGAAACAGGCCCAACGAGAGGCACUGGAGCUCUGGCGUAUGAAGGAAGCAGAGAUUGAAAAGAAGUUUCGGGAUGCCAUGGCAAAGGAGAAGGCUCGGUUUGUCGCAGGGAAAUGGAGGGAGGAGACAGAUGACAGAAAGGCAGCCAAGCAAGAGGAGGAGGAAGAGGAUCGUAUUCGAGAGGAGCUGAAGAAAUGUGAGCAGGAGGAGAGACAGAGAGGUGAGGAGGAAAUCCGACAAACAGAGGAAAGGCGAGCGAAGGAACUGUUCAUCUCUCUGAAGCAGGAAGAAAAGAGAAGCGAAAGGGAUGACAAGGAAUGGCAGGAACAAUUGCGCCGCUCCAAAGCGGCUGAUGAGGAGAUGAAGUCUAAAGCUCGCCGCGCCAGAGAUGAGUACAAACGCCAGUCCCUGCGCGCCAUCGAGAAAGGCCUUGUGGCUGGUCUAAGUGGACUGUUCCAGAAGACGCAUCUGAAUGGCUCGAGUCAGAACCGCCGCCACAGUGACGUCAUCGAUCGGCCAUCAACUACUCCAUCUGAUGCUAGCCAAUCGCAACCAGCUGUUGGAAGUGCAGUUGCCCCUGUCCAGUGCCGCCGCAGACAGAACCGCAGAUACAGCAGCCCACAUACACAGUCAAUAACAGAGGGCCCAGUGUGGAUUCGGCCACCUAGGCCAAUGUCUCGUGAAUCCAUCAUACGGUGGUUUAAGGAGGAACAAAAGCCCAGAAGAGCAGGCUAUGAGAGGAGCAGCGACAACAUUGCCCCUUGGUUCUAUGGGAUCAUCUCUCGGCAAGAUUCGGAGUCCUUGCUAAUGAAUGCUUCUGAAGGCUGUUUCCUAGUCAGAGUGAGUGAAAGGAUCUGGGGAUACACUCUGUCCUACCGGACAGCCUCUGGCUUCAAACACUUUCUCAUCGAUGCCUCGGGUGAUUACUACAGCUUCCUUGGGGUGGACCAAAACCGCCAUGCUACUUUAGCUGACCUCAUCGACUUCCAUAAGGAGGAGGUGAUAACCACAUCUGGAGGAGAGCUGCUGCUGGACUCUUGCAAGCUUAGAGGCUCCACGCCAGAUUAUGGAGGACUCUUUCAGUGACUCUUUCCUCCAUUCUCAUCUUGUAAUACUCUGACUUUAACCUUGACAAAAUAGUUAAGCACUGCAUCACAUAGAAGCACAGUGAUUUCCCUCAUGAUCACAUCCUUGUGGCCAAUCACCACACCUCAUGCCUUUGUCAAGAGAAAAUAAAACUACUUAUUUCUAUUCUAA